AUGGACUGUGCUGAAGGUGCUCAGGAGAUUCCGCCGGGAUCAGAGAAACUGCAUAAUGACAAAAGCCUACAAGAGCUUCAUGAACAAGAAACACCACGGAGCCAUGAAAUUGAGAAAUUCACAUUCCUCCCCCCUUUGCAAGUGACAAAAUAUCAAGUGUCCCCCUUCUGCCCCCAGGCCUUCAGCAUCGUCUUCCAGAAGGCUGUGGAGAAGGCGGCUCCCAGUGAGAGCCUCCAGGAGCGGGUGGCCAACCUCACAGACAGCGUCACCUUCUCUGUGUACUAGUACACCACCGGUGGGCUCUUUGAGUGUGAUAAGCUGACCUACCUUGCCCAGCUCACCUUUCAGAUCCUCCUCUUGAACCAGGAGGUUCUUCCGGCUGAGCUGGAUUUCCUGCUUCCAUCUCCCGUGCAGACAGGUGACAGCAGCCCAGUGGAAUUCCUCUCCCAUCAGGCCUGGGGUGGCAUCAAGGCACUUUCAUCAAUGGAAGAAUUCUAUAAUCUGGAUCGGGACAUUGAGGGGUCUGCCAAGAGCUGGAAAAAGUUUGUGGAAUCAGAAUGUCCUGAGAAGGAGAAGUUCCCACAGGAGUGGAAGAACAAGACAGCCCUGCAGCACCUCUGCAUGAUGAGGGCCAUGCGGCCGGACCGGAUGACCUACGCCAUGCGAGACUUUGUUGAGGAGAAGUUAGGAAGCAAAUACGUGGUGGGAAGAGCCCUCGACUUUGCAGCCUCAUUUGAGGAAUCAGGACCAGCCACUCCCAUGUUUUUUAUCCUGUCUCCAGGGGUAGACCCACUGAAAGAUGUGGAGAAUCAAGGUAGAAAACUCGGAUACACCUUCAACAACCGGAACUUCCACAACGUGUCUCUGGGGCAAGGACAGGAGGCAGUGGCUGAGGCUGCCCUGGACCUGGCCGCCAGGAAGGGUCACUGGGUGAUUUUGCAGAACAUCCACCUGGUGGCCAAGUGGCUCAGCACCCUGGAGAAGAAGCUGGAGGAGCACAGCAAGAACAGCCACCCAGACUUCAGGGUCUUCAUCAGCGCGGAGCCUGCGCCCUCCCCUGAGGGUCACAUCAUCCCCCAGGGCAUCCUGGAGAACUCCAUUAAAAUCACCAGUGAGCCUCCCACGGGCAUGCAUGCCAACCUGCACCAGGCCCUGGACAACUUCACCCAGGACACCCUGGAGAUGUGUUCCCGGGAGACUGAGUUUAAGAGCAUCCUCUUUGCUCUCUGUUACUUUCAUGGGGUGGUGGCCAAAAGACGAAAGUUUGGGCCCCAGGGAUGGAAUCGCUCCUACCCCUUCAACACCGGGAACCUCACCAUCUCUGUGAAUGUGCUCUACAACUUCCUGGAGGCCAACGCAAAGGUCCCCUAUGACGACUUGCACUACCUCUUUGGAGAGAUCAUGUAUGGAGGCCAUAUCACAGAUGACUGGGACAGGAGACUCUGCAGGACCUAUCUGGAGGAAUUCAUCAAACCAGAAAUGCUACUAGGAGAGCUGUGUCUGGCCCCAGGGUUCCUGGUCCCAGGAAACAUGGACUACAAUGGCUACCAUCAGUACAUCAAUGCCGAGCUGCCCGCAGAGUCGCCCUACCUCUAUGGCCUCCACCCCAAUGCGGAGAUCGGCUUCCUGACCCAGACCUCGGAAAAGCUCUUUCGCAUGGUCCUGGAGCUGCAGCCCAGGGACAGCCAAGGCGGAGAGGGGGCAGGAGCCACAAGAGAAGAAAAGGUCAAGGUCCUCCUGGAAGAAAUACUGGAGUGGGUGACGGAUGAGUUUAACAUCCCAGAGCUGAUGGCCAAACUGGAGGAGCGCACCCCGUACAUAGUAGUUGCCUUCCAGGAGUGUGAGCAAAUGAACAUCCUCACCAGAGAGAUCCAGCGCUCACUGAGGGAGCUGGACCUUGGCUUAAAGGGGGAGCUGACUAUGACCGGUGACAUGGAGAACUUACAGAAUGCCCUGUACCUAGACACAGUGCCAGAGCCCUGGACCAGGCGAGCCUACCCUUCCACAGCAGGCCUGGCAGCCUGGUUUUUGAACCUCCUCAACUGAAUCAAGGAACUGGAGGCUUGGAUAGGAGACUUUGUGAUGCCCUUCACUGUGUGGCUGAUAGGCUUCUUCAACCCCCAGUCCUUCCUGACCGCCAUCAUGCAAUCCAUGGCACAGAAUGAGUGGCCACUAGACCAGAUGGCCCUGCAAUUUGAUGUGACAAAGAAGAAUAGAGAGGAAGUCAGGAGCCCUCCUCGGGAAGGGGCUUACAUCCAUGGCCUCUUCAUGGAAGGUGCUCACUGGGAUACACAGGUAAAUCCUGAGAUGAGCCAAAGGGCAUCCUGUGUGGGAUGAUACGCAUUGUCUCUAUUAAGUGUGAUCACUCAGAGGGGUACCCCUGAACCUUUUAACCUAAAUCAACUUUUCUUGAGGUUGUCAAGCCAUUUUUAUGCAGCGAGGGAUGGUACAAAGAACACAAACUCUGCAAAGUGGAGUGGUUAAAAGCAUGGGUUCUGGAUCUGAAUGCCAGCACCACCAUUUUUUAACUCUGUGACCUUGGGAUGUAGUUCUGUCUCUCCAAAUCUCAAUUUUCAACUGUCAAAUGGGAAUAUAGAGUUGCUGUGAAAAUUAAAUGAGGAAAUAUAUGCCUGGCACAUAGGGAGUGCUCAAAAAGUGCUGGAGUCAUCUAUCCCUCUGCUGUCACCUGGGGUUGUUAGUUCACCUCUCUGGUCGAUUUUCCUCAUUCAUAAGCUCUAGGAAAGCAGGAAUAUCUUCUACCUUUUAUGUUGUCCCUUGUCUGCAAAGGGGUGUCAGUAGAUACCAUUUUAAUGACAUUCUGAAAGGAUUCCUCACUGAGGCUUAAUACAAAAUUGAGUCACAAUAGGAUUAGAGAUACUUUGUUAUGGAUAGGAAGCUGGCAAGCAAGCAAUGAUGGCUGGGAUAAAUGACAUGAACAAGGAUGCGUAAUUCUAGAACAAGUUUACAUUUACUAUAUGCAUGAUCUGAAAGGACUACUUAGUCAAAUAACCCACUUGGCAAGUGGCAUUCAACUAUUCCUGGCCAUCAAUACAAAGCUAAUGGGGAAAAACUGUUAUAAAAUCUAGAAGAUCCUAGGCCAUGUAAAUAUAUAUAUAUGGGGCUGUACUAGACUGGAAAAAAGCCUCCCAAAAUUCAUGUCCACCUAGGACCUCAGAAUGUGACCUUGCUUGGAAAUAGGGUCUUUGCAUAUAUAAUUAGUUAAGAUGGGGGUUAUACUAUAGUAGAGUAGGCCUUAAAUCCAAUAAGUUCAUAUUGGAGACACAGAAGAGAAUGCCCUGUAAAGAGAGAGGGAGAGACUCAAGUGAUGCAUCAUAUGCCAAGGAACGCCAAGGGGUGCCAGCAACCACCAGUGGUGAAAAUAGGGGCCUGAGACAGUUUCUGCCUCAGAGCCACCAGAAGGAACAAGCCCUACCUACACCCUGAUUCAAGACUUCUAGCCUUCAGAACUGUGAAAGAACUCAUUUCUGUUGUUUUUAAGCCACCAUAUUGUAAUGAUUCAUUACCAGGAAACCAAUCAAGAGCCAACAGAAAAGACAAUAAAGUGAGACAGUGUUAAAACAGUCUGACUCCUGAGAAGGAAAUCAGCUCCCCUCUCUCCACAUGAACAUUUCUACAAGAAUCUUGUCAGUGGCGAAUACACAGACUGUAUUAGGUGUAGGGUGGCCUAGGGAGAGCCAGAGCUAAGAUACCAAAAACACCAAAAUGAGGGAAGUACAAAAUAGAUAAAUGGAGAAGGAGCUCAGAAGGAAGAGCGGUGGCACUGCAGGGGUGGGAAGUGCUGCUGAUUCUAAUCUGGUUUUUUCAUCCACUUGUUUCUGAAUAAUAAUAAAAACUUCCCAGAAAGCAA